GGCAGGACCUUAUAAAAUGGGAGACAUUUUCCUGCAGUGCCUCCUCGGUUCCGAGAGACCCUCUCUCCUGUGGUGGUGGUGGUGGUGUUGCAGCAGCAGCUGCUGCACUUUUCUCUUUUUCUGAGGCCAAGGUGGCUGUUAAAGCCUGGUGCUCUUGCCCUCUUACCCCAUCUCGAGAGUAGUUAUGCCCACAAAUCGAUGGUAGGAUCGACAUUUGCAAAAGGGAAGAAGGAAAAAAGAAGCCAUCGUAUUCGUUUCCAACAGCUGUUUCCUCUCCAUUGUGCCUUCUCUGCUUUUGCUUCGCUUCCAGUUUCCUGUUGAGAAAAGAGGGGAUGGCAGAAUAAGUUUACUGAUCAAGAAUAAGGUCAAGAGAAAUAUAAACAGAUCGGAAGUCAUAAAGAGGAGAAUGUAAUAGCAAAUUAGUGAUUGCAAUUGUCUGGUCACCGCCAUGGAUAAAGGGGGAUAUGUGGUUUUGGACAUUGACAAUCUUACACAGCCACCUGAGAAAUGCUACGCUGGGAGUCCAAAGAUGACUAAGGCACUUUCUCGUAAGGGAUCAAACCGCAUGGAGAAACGGACUAGUGAUGAGCAAGAAGCAGAUGAUGAAACCAAAAGGCUUGUGGCCAAAGCUGCACCUUCUCAGCUGGAGCAGCUGAAGCAGUCCCUGCUGACAAACAAAUCUCUCACAACAGCGCAAUCUGCAGCAAAUGCUCCCAUGCUUCUGGAUUCUGGAGAAGGGCACAAAAGAUUAAAUCGUCUAUCUGUCAUCCAUCCACACAGAGUUCUUCUUGUCUUUGCCACCAUGUCAUGCUUGGGGACGACGAUUCUAAUAUAUUUCACUCUGGCCAUCAGACAAAGAAAUGGAUCUCAACUCAGUCUUUAAAUUCUCUGGGGAAAGUGCAGCUCACUUAAAUUUUACUCUCAGGGUGUGUAGCUGAAGAAACAUACCACAUGUGAAGAGAAUCAACACAAUCAAUUUCCUGUAUUCCUCAUCUCUGCAUUGUGCAGUGGAGCAAUCAUGGUGGAAGCAAGUUUGCAAGUCUUUGUACUGGAUUUGGUGGUGUGAGAUAUGGCUGAAAUGCUACAGUUAGUGCUGUGAUGCAGUGGACUGGAGGGGGCUGCCUUGAGUACCUCCAGAGAUCUGACUCAUUGCUGCACUGCUCAUUGUUAUGUUUUGAGUGUGCUUGGCAGUUCUUGCUAUAAAGCUUUCUGAGCUUGGUUAAUGCUAAAGUGUGAUGAUCAACAUUAUUUUUUCUUUGCCAAUUUUGAGUGAUAUUCCCAACUUUCUCUUUCUUCUUGUUUC